AGCUCACAUAAUCGGGAUCCUCCUACCUUCUUCGAGGUUCAAUAAACGAAAGAGCGGACCGCCUCAGCAAACCGACAUCAUCUAUUAUUCCGGUACCCUCCGCUUUUAUCGUCCAUCUUUGUGAUGUAAUAGCUUACCCACGAAACCUUACCCGCUCUUUCUGUCGUUCUGUCCAUUCUCUUCCUACCUCUCAACCGAACUUAGGUGGCUAGACAUAAUCUACCCUCCCCGCCAUGUGCGCCGCCGCCGCCGCCGCCUCAUCACCAUCACCAUCUUCUUUUUCUUCUUUUUCUCAAACACCAAUUCCAAAUCCGCCGCCACCAGCGUAAUACACACCGCUAAGUAGGACAGGAAUUAAAUUAAAAGAAACAAGAAGAAGAAGAAAACCCACGCGAGCACUAAGAAACGCCACGUAGAUCCAGGGGUGCAGGUAGUAAGGUGUGGUGGUAAGAGAUAGCGAAGAGAGAGAGAGGGAGGGUUGGACUAAGCCAAGGAGGGGUAGUAGGAAAAAAAAAGGCAAAAGAACAAAGAACCGAGGACAGAGAAAAUAAGACGGUGAGAAAAAAAAAAAAAAAAAAAGAACAGACGAAUAGGGUAAGAGUAUACACAGCACCCGACGCCAACGCAAAUCAGCAACCCCGAUCAGCGAACCAAAUCACCCACUUACCCACCCACCUACACCCAUACGCACACACGCGCAAUCUCCCCCUCUGUCUCUGUCUCCGUCUCCGUCUCUUCCGAACCUCGAUGCCCGCUUUCUUCCCCUUCAUCCCCGGCACCGAGACCGGCCGCGCCGCCCGGCAGCACGCAUCCGACUCCUCCCCGCUCCUGGGCCGCUUCCGCGCCGUGCCCCAGCAGCCGCAACACCACCAGCAGUACCAACAGCAUAUCGGCCUGUUGUCGUCUCCCGGCGGUCGCGGUCGCGGUAGCGGUAGCGUACACGUCGGAUACGGCGCCCUGCUUGUCGCGGCUGAGGACGUAUCCGACGAUGAUAAUGAUGGUGAUAAUGAUGGUGACGAUGAUGAUGACGAUAGUAAUGACAGUGGUAAUGGCAAUGAUAUCCGGCGAUGCGGCGCCAAGGUGAAGAAGAGCAUGCGUCGGUUCGCCCGGGUCUGUCGUCGGAGCGUUAGGGACUUGUGGGUGGCGCCGCGACAGACGGCCGUUAAGCGUGUCGUUGAGAGUUGGUGGAGUCGCUGGGGCGUCCUGGUCUUUUUGCCUGCUGCUUUGGCGUUAGCAUGGUGCGCGAUCCCAUUCCCGCAAUACCCCUUCGCGCCCGACUCCCGCAACCACCCGAGACCUCAUCACCACCAUCACCAAUCCGAAACACUUGAUCCCUCCUCCAAGCACCGAGUUCCCGGCCACGGCGAGGCGCGGGUACAAGUCAACUUCUGGUUCUUCCUGUUCGUCUACUACGGCUUCUACAACCUGACGGGCCUCAUCUGGAUAACCAAAGUAUUCAACCUCUACUCCCUCAACUGGUGGCCCUCGGCCCUCGGCUUCCCCGUAACCAUCUCCCUCAUAGCCGUCCUCUCCAUCGCCGCCCCCAUUCCCAUAUACCUGAUCCCCGAGGCGCGCUUCCUGACGGUCCACAAUACCGCCUGGGUUAGUUGGACCUUCGUCAUCAUGGCGAUGCCCGUCGCUAUCGCCUUCUGCAUCCUCAUGACGCACGAGCGCCACCUGGGCCUUAGACACUCGCUGAGCGAGACCCAGCGCAUAUUUACCAGUUCGUGGUGGACCGGGAAGUCGGACACGUUGUCGGCUACUCGAGAGUACAACCGGCGCCGGGGAAUUAGGGGUAGCGCGUUCGAUCCGGACGACGGGCUGCGGGUUACGGACCGGCCGCGACCGAGCAUACCGGAGUUCAUGCGGAGACGUAACUGGUUACCUGCCAGCUUUGUGCGGUUUGUCUGGUUUUGCCUCGCACUUUUCGUCGGUUUACUAGCGUACCUGAUAGGAGAGGCGUACGCCGAGAUCUAUCUACGGACGCUACCGCAUAACAGUUUCGAGACGAUCGUCUACGUUUACAGCUGGGUCGUCACGGUCCACUUACUAGAUGCGCUUACGGGUUGGAUUCUUGGUGGCAGCGAAGGGGAGCGCGUAGGAAGCUAUCCCCUGAGCUGGAUCUUUAAACUAUAUUUCAUGUUAACCUACCAAACUUACGUUCGCGCCCUAUAUGCGCGCCUCCGCUCGCCGUCGCAGUUCAUCUGGCUCCAGGCGCUGUCCUCCGGUUUUCUCAUCAUCCUCACCCCUCUCACCAUGACGCAGACUUACCAUCGCAUACUGUCGAUGCUAGGCCUAACCGGCCAGUCGUACGGCUCCUACCAAAAGAUCUGCACCAGGAACGUCUUCAUCCGGUUCCUGGCCGAGAACGUGAGCAUGCUCACGUUCCUGGGGAGCAUCCUGGUGCUACACUUCGGGGCCAAUAAGGACGUGUACCCGUACUUCGCGUUCGACGACCCCGACGAGCUGUACGAUUUCGAGCUCACCUUCUACGCGUCCAUGAUCACCUGGGCCUGCGAGCUGGCCGCCGGGAUCAUGCUCAGGGGCUUGAUUCGGUGGAUCUUCGGGGUUAACGCUAACGUCGAGGGGAAGAUGGACUUGGCAGUGUGGCCGGAGCUGCUACCUACGAGCGUGGCCGUCAUGCUGCACGUACUGCAGAGCAUGAUAUUUUCGAUUAUUCGGUUACAAUUUCGGUGACGGGAUAGUGGUGGCGAUAGGUAGAGGAGGAAGAUGAAGAACCUUCUUCGUACAGUUGGUGUGGAGGGAGUGGAAUUGGUUGGCCCCCAACAUAGCUUUUUGCAGCUCGGUUAAGCGUGGCCAGCAAAUACUUGUGCGCUGGGCUGGGCUGCGUUGCGCUUCGAACUGGACCAAAAAGCAAGCGGAUCGAACCUUAUCGCGGAGAAAAGGGCAACUAAUAAGGGGAGGGAAAACUAGGAAACUAAUUGAUAAUGGUCGGUCGACAACUGGACAGGGUUCCUAAGUUGCCAGAUGCCGCGGAUAAUGUUCCGAACUGUAGAGGGUUUCUUGUUUGCUUGCUUUCAGUCAGUCGUUUCUUUUCCCAUUCUGCAUUCUAUUAGCAUGCAAAGGUGCCCAAGGCGGAGUAGAUGAUACCCUUUUUAGAAUAAAUACUGUAGAAUUAGAUAUUCCCCCUGACCGAUUGCUAAUCAAAUCUCGUUAUAUCCUUGAUUAUGGUUGUGGCUUGCGCGGAGAUGGUGUAGUUGUGACGUGGAGCGAAAUUGAAGGUGCAUAAAAAUUUCUCAACUUACAUUGUCUUUUUACGCCUACGAUGUAGAUGAGAGAGCUAAAGCAAAAUGCGCACAUCCGCGAAGCAGGAAAAAAAAAGAAUAGCCUGCUAAAGGGUUGUCCACGUCUAGCAUUUACAGA